UCCCUCUAGUAACUAAAGAAAGUGAAUUGACUUCAAUGGAAGGAGAAUCAUUUCCACCGUGAGGAGCGUCUCUACACACCACAUUUCCAUGACUAAAGUUGGACUGAUGUAGAGGCAGCUUCAUCCGGAUGGUUUGUAUUUCCUUCCACAUCUAUGAAGGGUUUAGUUGACAUCGGCAGACAGAGAAAACUCCUUAUCCUGUGCCUAUUUAUCGGGAACGUUGCAGCUGAUUGUCCCAUACCUGAGUUUGGAGAGCUCACAGUUCUCACAGAGGAAUCCCUUCGAAAACAUCAUUUCCCUCAUGGUACUGUGAUCACAUAUGAGUGCAAACGUGGAAAUGAGAAAGUAAGUGGCACUGGGGAGAUGACCUGCGUCAAUGGCAAGUGGACCGAGCCAGACAUCAAGUGCAGGCGAAAAGACUGUGGUCCCCCUGUACCAGAACCACACAUGAUAUUUAACCUCAGGCAAGGGACUCUGUAUGGUGCAUACGCAUAUAUAACCUGUGAAAAAGGUUACAGGGUCAUGGGAUGGGGCUACAAAAAGUGCUUAGGCUCACAUUGGGUUGGACAUGGAAGUUGUACCAUUGUUCAUUGUUUCAAACCCACCAAAGUGGAAAAUGGAAAACAUACAUGGAGAACACACAAGGCACCACAUUAUAAUCAAACGAUACAUUUCUCGUGUCGCAAAGGAUACACCCUGAUUGGGAAUAAAACCAUUAGGUGUACUCAUACUGGCAGAUAUGAUUCUAAGCAACCACAAUGCAUCGCUGAUUGUCAAAAACCUAAAAAUGGAAAAUACAUAGUUAUCAGAAAGGAAUUCCUUCAAAUACAAAUAUUCCCUAAUGGUACUGUGAUCAGUUAUAAGUGUAGAGUUGGAAAUGACAAAGUAAAUGGCACUGGGGAGAUGACCUGCGUCAAUGGGAAGUGGACCAAGCCAGACAUCACCUGCAGGCGGAAAGACUGUGGUCCCCCUGAACCACAACCACACAUGAUAUUUGACACCAGCAAGGGGACUCUAUUUGGUGCAAAGGUUUAUAUGUCUUGUGAAGAAGGUUACCGGCUCAAUGGACCGAGCUCCAAACAGUGCCUUGACACAGGAUGGUUUGGACCUGCAAAUUGUGAAGAACAUAGACUUGUAACCCCGGUGUUAAUAUUUGCGGCAGUUGGCUGUUCAGUUGGAUUUAUUUUCAACAUCUUUUGUAUUUGGAGGCGAUGUUCACAUGAAACUCGAGAAGAGCUGAUGUUGGAGCCAUUACAGUUCCACACUCUUUAAGUAUCCUUCUUCAUUCAGUUGGAACUGGACCCAGCUGUUGGGACAUUUACUACAGAUGAAGGACUGCCGAACUCUGAGCGCCUUACCAAGCCUUGGAUAAGCCUUUGACGUCUGCAUCGUUUUAUACAGUAAUUGGUUUUACCAAAUUAGU